CGGAAUCGGUUUGAAGAGAAAGCGAACUCAGGCACGUUGAAGGUCGUUUUCGACAUCGUGCGUUACUGCAAGGGCUGUAGAAACGGUCACCACGACUUUGCCGCUACGACUCCAUGUCAUCAAUGACUCAGCAACUUGCUCCUGAGCAUACCAAGUUUGGAUGGGGAGGAUGGAGGGGAAGCACGUUACCGGCACAGCUUACAGGAGACUUGGGCGCUGCAGCUGUGUCGGCAACACUGAUAUCACCUGUUCUUACAGCAAUUGACCGUGCGGUCGUUGAAAAUGCGGCUCGACCAGGGCAGAAUCCACUGGCUCAGGCAUUAAAGACAAACAUACUCUGUUCAUUCCAGCAUCCAAGACGGUUCUUUGGCACGAAACCAUUCUUCAUCAUCUGGACGCUAUAUGCAGCAACAUAUGCAACAGCAAACACAGUCGAAACAACAGCCAGGCACCUAACCCAAAAGGCCGACGAGCUUUUCGUCCAGUCCGCCACUUUUUUAUCGACAAUAAUAGUGAAUGUGCCUUUAGGAGUCUGGAAAGAUGUGCGAUUUGUUCAGAUGUUUGGCAGGCCCUCAGCACCAGUUGCCGCUCAGACAGAAGGUGCGAAGACAACGUCUCCGCCAGUCCAACGGCCAAACUUUCCUAGAAUGGUGGCAGCUACGUUCCUCGUUCGCGACGCAAUCACCAUCUUUGGAGCUGUCAACUUGCCUCCAAUGAUCUCAAACUCACUGCCCGAAGAGACUUUUUCGAGUCCAAUGCUCAAGAUGGCGACAAUGCAACUUCUGGUCCCGGUUUUCUCGCAGAUCCUCGCAACACCAAUCCAUCUGCUAGGGCUGGAUAUGUACAGUCAUCCAAACAGCGCGGCCCGGAUGUCAAGGAUCAGACGGAAUCUCGGAGCAACAACGCUGGUGAGGUGCGCCAGGAUCAUUCCGGCUUUUGGUGUCGGACUCAUUGCGAACACUGGGCUACGGAGUUACUUUCAUGAAAAGGCCGGCUACGUAAAGGAUUGCUCAUGAGACUGCGGUAUCUGAAGUAACUAUUUUAGGGUUAUAGCGGAGCAUUGGCGUCAAGGCUGUUGCCGAUUCACUAGUAUUUCCCGGCAUACUGUAAUAGUCACAUGGGAUUGGAGCCAAAAACUUUGA